ACGAUAAAUCCAUCAACUUCCAAGAAUCACGUAACCCACUAUAAAUAAUGGACCAUCUCCUAAUUCAUUCUCAGGCUUGACUAUCAAUUCGUGUACACCAUCAAGAACAACAAAAUUUCAACAUGGGGAAGGGAGGAGGAGGCGGUGGCUCAAAAGGUGGUGGAGGAGGAGGCGGUGGCUCAAAAGGUGGUGGAGGAAGCGGCGGUUCUGGAUCAAAAGGUGGGAGUGGAGGUGGUGGACGCAGCAGCGGUGGUGGAAGCUCUUCAAAGGGAGGCUGUGGGGGCCAUGGAAUGAUGACAGCACCCGGUGGAGGUGGGGCAUGUAUUUCCAGGGACGUAUUUGAGAGUAACCCCCAGGGUUACUUUGCCGAUUUCCAUGCCAGCCAGAAGGGCAGCAAGUAGAUGUAGUGCCAUCAUAAUGGCACCUCUGAUAUAAUUAAACUAUAGUUUAUAAUAACAUAUCGCAGUUUGUUUA